AUGGCCGACCGAGAGUACAAAGUUGUCUACAAAUCCCGUAUCCGGGAUCAGGAUGUUUAUGAGGCUGAAAAUGAUAACCGCCGCUACAGGCGACACGACUACGGUUACGAUGAUGAACGUGGGCCACGACGAUCCGGUGAUUACCUUGAGCGGAUAUCAACACAGAGUGAUCAUGGCAGCAUCAGGCAACAAGAGAUGGCACUGGCACCUAGACCCCGACAUAACACCAGAACCGAGUACGACUUUGUUGACCGAGACGAGCCAUAUGGAAGAUCCGGCAAUGCCAUCAUUCUUGAUAGCAGGGAUCGAGAUCUGACUGAGUGGGAAAUCAUUCGGCCUGAGCGAAGCGAGUCUGGCGCGAUCAUCAUUGAGACUGGAGGCCCACGUGGUCGAUACGACUACGAGGUUGUGACAGCACCCCGACCGAGAGAGAAAUCAAUAGGAAGAAGCAGAAGUAUUGUUGAUGCGAUGAUGCAAGUUCAGGUGACUGAAGACCCCGAGGACGAUCGACGGAGCGUGUACAGUCGCCGAGAACGAGGCCGAGCAUUGGAGGUGGAACGGGACAUGCCAGACGCACCGAUGGCUCCGCGGCGGAUGCCCAGCGCCUUCCGACAUGAACAUUCUCCAUCGUCUGAUACUCGGCGUCAUGAACGCAGCAUCGGAUUCCACAAAACGCAGAUCAGAGACCAUGACGCCACGGAGAGGCGACACGAACGCCCUGGGACUGAAGCGGCGUUGGCUGGACAGUAUUUGAUCGACCACCGCGGUGAACGGUUGGACGAGGACUUUGACGGGCGGACCAGUCUUGUCAGCAGGACCAUUCCGCGGUCUCGUAGUAAGAGACGACAUAAGAAAAACCACGAUGAGGAAGUAGACUACGAGCGACGGGAGAGAUAUUAUGAGGAGGACAUCAAUCGGGAUUUCGAUCGACGCAGUAGGCCAUACUCACCACAACGAGCACCAUCGCCGGCUCGGUCACCAUCACCGGAGCCGGAGCCGGAGCGUGAGAGGCGGCACAGGAGGCAUCGUCGCCGUCACCGACACCGCGAGGAAGACGAUGACAGAUCGUAUGUGUCGGAACACUACCGUCGGGUGGACAAGGAGUACCGAGACUGA